AUGGCAACGAAGCCGGAGGAGCUUGAGGCAGAGGAGCGGUGUAGGCCUAGGCCACGUUCUCGUUGUCAGCUCUGCCUAUGCUCUUGCUGUGGCAUUUUGAUUUUGAUCUCCUUGGCAGAGUUCAUACUGGCGGGCGUCGUUGGCCUGGCGUUAGGGAUGGGCUUAUCUCCUGUGCUGCUUCUCCUUGCCGCUUUGUACGUGGUCCUACUGAUCAGACCUGAUGCUGAGAGGGGUCCAAAAUGCCGAAUUCUGCGCAUUCUCUUGCUCGUUUUGGCAACACCGCUGGCGCUUGUCUGCGUGAUUUUGUUUGGGCUUCAUUUGCAGACUUUCUUCAACAACCCUGGCUGGGACAGCUUUCCAGAAAGCUGCCGCGUGGCGGGUUGCUGCAGGCUGAGCCUCAGUGAUCCUAGGUGUCGGGAAGGUGCCACCAUGCCUCUGCUCAUCACCAAUGCCACCGCUCAGGAGGUGGGACAGGAGAUUCGAAGAUGGGCAGAAGGCAAGAUCAAUUGGCCAGAGGAUUGCAGAUGGGUUGAUUCCAAACCUGAAGCCUAUAGUGUGCCAUCGAUGGGGGCUAUAUCUGGCACCUUUGCAUGGGUGAGCUGCAGCACUUCUGCUUGGAGAUUUGUGGACGACAUCGCCUGGCGCUACGGAGCGGUCACCUGCAGCCAAGACACAGGAGUUCUCGUAGAAGUUCAUUCGGAGCAGCGAGCUGGAAUGGAUGAUGGUGGACAUAACAUGUACCGUGCGCGGUUCAGUGUGGGCCAUUUGCAACAAACUUUUGGCAGUUCAAGAUUUGUGGAUGCUUGCUGA